AUGCCGGCCCCAUCGCUCCUUCAGCUGUCCACGGCGGCUGCCGUCAAAAACAUGAAGUACCUCGACGAUAUUGGCAGCAUACCAUAUUCUCUUGCUCGACCAUUCCUUCUGAAGAUCGAAAGCCCCGAGAAACUGCGAUCGAUCGAAUUGCAAUCACCGCACAUUAUGAAAGACAAUGAAGAAAUGUGGAUCGGUUUCAUCAAGCGCGACAUCCCCAAGUGGGAAGAAUACGAUUUCCCCGAACACCCCGAGUCCUGGUACCAAGUCUACUGCGAUCUCCGAGAACGAGUGCAAAGGGAAGUGGAUAAGGAUGCGGAACAACUGAAGCAGGCCAUGGAGGGCAUCAACUCGAGGCGCGCCCAACACAGUACUAAGCUCGUGACCGACCAGCGCCUUCCCCCGAUGAAACCGACAGAGAGAGCACGAUAUGCCGCGUAUGAUAGGAAGAAAGGUGGUAUUGCACCGGUCUUCGCUUCCUCUUCUUCCGGGAUCUCUGCAGAUCCGAUGGGAGGUUCUGCGUGGUCGUUUGAGCGGCCGCAGAUUCCGCGCUCGUUCUCGGGGGAUGGAAAGAAGAAAAGCAGCAUCUUCUCUGCGCCGAAACGGAAUAAAGCCCUUGCUGUUCCGACUGGUCAACUGCACAGCAGAGCGUCAAAGGUCAGGAUGGCUCCGCGGUCUCUUGUUGAAGCGCAUCGACAGCCUUCUGAGCCUCUUGCUACACGAAAGGCCCCUCCAGCUUCGAAAGCGCAUCCAGCUUUGAGAGCGCCAGGACGGACUAGGUCGCAGCCUGCGUUCGGAUCGAACAAUCCUGUUAUUACGCCAUCUUUGCAGGAAAGAGAGGUGAGGUUGCGAGCUUUGACUUCUGGGAAGCCCGUUAGCUCUCCAGCCUCGAGAACACCGGCACAAACAUCCACACCAGCAACCGGAGAUUCGUCUCCACCAUUACCAGCCAAAAGAAAGGUCGACGAUCUUUUCGAAGCUUCACCAGAGCCCGAGCCUCAAGAUGAUACGCAGGAACCGAAACGGAAGGCCGUAAAGCGUGCUAGUCCAGAGCCAACAUCAGAUACGGGUCAGUCCAAGACACCACCAGCACAGGCACCACGCAUUGCAACGAUCCGCAAGAGACCUGCUCCGAGCAUCUUCAUGCCACCAAAGAAAAAGAAGGUGACCUGA